CCCUGAUUAAGAACACAGCAUACUACAGAGGCACAAGCAAAAAGGAGUGAAAACCUUUGGUGAACAAAAGCAGAUAAUGGCUGGAGGAGGAGAUGAACUGAAGCUGCUCGGCUCGUGGGCGAGCCCGUUUGUGAUCAGAGUGAAGCUUGCGCUCAGCUUCAAGGGCCUGAGCUGCUACGAGAACAUCGAGGAGGAGGACCUCUACUACAACAAGAGCGAGCUCCUCCUCAAGUCCAACCCGGUGCACAAGCAGGUUCCCGUGCUCAUCCACAACGGCAAGUCCAUCUGCGAAUCCCAGCUCGUCGUGCAGUACAUCGACGAGACCUUCACCACAAGUGACCCCUCUCUCCUCGCCGUCGAGCCCUACGAACGUGCCAUGGCUCGCUUCUGGGGCGCGUACAUUGACGACAAGCUGUUUGCCUCGGCAUUUCAGGUGAGGAGGGCGAAGACAGAGGAGGAGAAGGCCGAGGCACUGAAGCAGACGAUCGCGGCGGUUGAGACCCUGGAGGCAGCCUUCAAGGAGAUCUCCAAGGGGAAGCCUUUCUUCGGCGGUGACAGCGUGGGGUACCUGGACAUCGUGCUUGGGGGCUUCAUACCGAUGGUUUACUACGGCGAGGCGCGCUAUGGCAUCAAGCUCUUCGACGACACGAGAAGCCCGCUCUUGGUGGCGUGGGUGGAGCGCUUUGGGGCAUUGGAUGCCGCCAAAGCAAUACUGCCGGACGUCGACAAGCUGGUCGAGUACAGCGAGAUGAAGCAGGCACGAGCUGCAGCCAUGGCCGCGGGACACUAUGACAUCACUGCGGAGCCACGAUUGACGAUUCUUGCAAGUCACGUGAGUCCGUGGGGGCGUCGACUCCAAGGCUUGUCAGGGGUCAUCGAUCUCGACAGCUCCGGGAUGGCGAGAGACGGUGGUGAGCUUAAGCUGCUGGGGCUGUGGUCGAGCCCGUUCGUCACCAGAGCGAAGCUGGCGCUCCAGAUCAAGGGCCUAAGCUACGAGUACGUCGAAGAGGAUCUCGGCAACAAGAGCGAGCUCCUGCUCAGCUCCAACCCGGUCCACAAGGUGGUGCCGGUGCUGAUCCACAACGGGAAGCCGGUCUGCGAGUCGUCCGUCAUCGUGCAGUAUAUCGACGAUGCUUUCGCCGGCACUGGCCCUUCCAUCCUCGCCGCCGAUCCCUACCAGCGCGCCGUCGCUCGCUUCUGGGCCGCCUACCUCGAAGACAAGAUUGUGACGCCGUGGAGGCGGGUGUUCAUGGUCAAGACCGACGAGGAGAAGGCCGAGGUGAUGAGGCAGACGAUCGCAGCGGUGGCCGUGCUGGAGGAUGGCCUCAAGGAGUGCUCUGGGGGCCAGGGCCCCUUCUUCGCCGGCGACAGCGUCGGGUACGUGGACGUCCUUCUUGGUGGCAUGGUGUCGUGGCUCAAGGCAGCCGAGCCGCUCUCCGGCGACAAGAUCAUCGACGCGGCGAAGACGCCGCUCCUGGCGGCGUGGAUGGAGCGCUUUUGUGAGCUCGACGCGGCCAAGGCGGUCCUGCAGGACGUCGAUGCGGUGGUCGAGUAUGCCAGGGCGCUGCAGGCACGGAUUGCCGCCGCAACUGCGAACAAUCAGUAGCCGAAACACUGUGUGGGUGGAACCCGGCAUGGCGACGUGAUUCCCAUUGCUAGGUUGGUGAAAGAUAUACGGCGAUGUGUCUUUUAUGUGGAUCUGUGCUUAUUCAAAUUCAAUGUUCCUGGUUGUUGUGUGCAUCAGCUGAUCGAUGUAAUAGGCGUGUAGCGAUUAGCGAAUAUAUAUAGGGAUGAAAGUGUGUGGUUAGCAACGAGCGAGGUAGCAGUUCAUUGUCACUUUCUGUUAAUUUCUAUCUCAUUCCUUUGCUUUCAAAUACAUAUAGAAUUAAAAUAGGUUUGUGUCAAUAACGAGGUUUCUGAGAUAAAAUAGAAUGUGCAUCCCUACUCAGUAUGUAUGUUUGGUUCAGGCUUAUGGAGAUGAAA